ACUUACAGGCCUUUUCAGCAGGCCAUGCUGCCACCGGCUGGCACACCGGCCGGCACAGAGAACAACACGCUCGGCUACUUUACCCAGUGUUAUCAAAAAGCAAACACCAGACUCUCCCUGGACGCCCCGGGUCGCACCCUGGGAGUAACACGACUUAUUUCAGGAGACUCGGGCAUCGGGGUUUCUCCCACUGCGCGCAUCGCCCUCCCUCCCCGCCCGCUCCCAAGCGCUCUUCCGGGCCACUCCCCCGACGGAGCCCGCCCUCUGCUCUCUGACCCCUGGGGCAGGCCCGGUUCCCAGGGACAGGCCCCGCCCCCAAGAUGGCGGCGCCCAUGUGCCGCUGAGAACGGCAGCAGGCCCCACUACCCUUUCUCAUUCCGAGAAGCUGAAGGCAGCGGAGAGCGCGGCUCCCGGGGAUGGAGGGUGCGCGGCAGACGGCGCGGGAGACGGCGCCUCGGCCUCGGAGGCGGCGGGACCCGGGUCUCUGCGACCGUCCGCCGGCCCCUCGCCGCCCCCCGGCCUCUCGUGCGAGUCGUCCGGAAAACGGUCGCCCGCUCCGGUCCCUACAUCGUGCCCCAGGCGAACCCCGUCGGAAUCACUGGCCGCGACUCGCGCCAUCUUGGCCAUUGGCCGUGGAGGCCCCCGAAGCAGCUCCUGCGCGUGCGCCGCGCUCCGACCUCGGGCUGCGGGGCGCCGGGAGCGGAAGUGCUCCGCUGACCCGAGGGCGGCGCGAGGUCGCGCCGCUUGUCGUCAUCCGACCUGGCUGCCGGGUUCUGGUAGCCAAGUACCGGGAGGCGGAGCAGGCACGGGCCGGAGGGCAGGGUCAGGGCGCAUCAGUGAGACCACUGCUCACCUCCUGCGGGCUCCGGCUCGGCCGCCCCUGGGCUUCCUAGUCUACAGAAGAGCCAGUCGAGGCCUCAGAAGGUGAGUUCCCUGGCUCAGGGACAGAUGCGGUGCUGUGGCCAUGGUCCCAACGGAGAUGCGUUUGUCUCUGGAUCCUUUGGUCCUGCGUCGUUAGGAACAAGAGAGCUCUUAUCAGAGUCCUAGGAGGAGGAGCCUCAGCCCAGAGCCCAGGGCCCAGG